AUGAAUGAUCAAUUAUCGGAUUUUACUCGUCUUUUAUACGGUGAAAAUUAUCGUCAAGGUCGUUCAAGACCUGCAUUGUCUAUUAGUGCUAUUAAGGAUUCAAAUACAUAUCUUCUUGGUUCACUUCUUGAACCUUUUAGUUCUCUUUAUACACUUCUUGUUGAUUCAUCAUCAUCUUCAACUCGUAGUGAAGAUCUUGAUCUUGAAUCACGUCUUGUUCAUUCUCUUAUUAAUGAACUUGUUUUACGUAUAUCACUUUCAUCAAUAUUUAUUAUAACACCGCAUCGAAUGCAACGUUCUACUAUUCAAAAAAAACUUAAGAAUAAUCAAUUUUCAAAUGUUCAAAUAACAUGUGAUACAGUCGAAAGAAUGCAAGGCAAAGAAGCUCAAUGUGUUAUACUUUGUAUGUUAUAUAGACAAGGUGAAAUACUUGAAAAUGAAUUAGAUUUUAUUUAUAAUCGGCAAAGGAUUAAUGUUAGUAUAACACGUGCACAACAAUUAUGUAUACUUAUAACAUCUCAGUUAUUAUUUAAUCAACCGCCAUUAGACUUAUUUGUUAAUGAUAAUACAAGAAAUGCUUAUACUUUAUUAUGUAAUUAUAUUAAUAAAUCUAUUAUACAAUUAUUAGAUAAACAUGGUAAUAUUAAAUAA